ACUGUUUAUCAUUUUCCAAAAAAUAAUUAAAAAACUAAGUAAAAGAGCUCCCUUGCUGAUGAGAGUGGGUCUUCGUCUCAUAUGAACCUUAACAUGAAAAAAUUCAACUCAAUCUUCAACUUCUAUUAAAAUUAAACCCCUGAAUUCCCAAUUCUUCUUCCAUUUCCCAAUUACAAAAACCCUUAACACACCACAAGCAUAGCAAAAAUGGCUAUGCUUUCUCUUAAAACCCCCAAUAAGCUACUCUCAUCUUCUUCCAUUCCCACUCCAAUUUCUCACACUUCACUCUCUUCUUCAUCCACUCUUAGAAAUUCUAUUUCACUGAAUCCUAGAUUAAUAACCUGUAAUAAUGAACCCCUACGACGUCGUUUUAGGCCCGUUUCAUGCUCCUUUGAUUCCAUUGACAAUGCUAAGAUUAAGGUUGUUGGUGUUGGUGGUGGUGGCAACAAUGCCGUUAACCGCAUGAUUGGUUGUGGAUUACAGGGUGUAGACUUUUAUGCUAUAAAUACUGAUGCUCAAGCAUUGUUGCAUUCUGUUGCUGAGAAUCCUAUCAAAAUUGGAGAACUCUUGACUCGUGGAUUAGGUACUGGUGGUAAUCCAGUUUUGGGGGAACAAGCUGCUGAGGAAUCAAAAGAAACUAUUGCUAAUGCUCUUCAGGGCUCAGAUUUAGUGUUUGUAACUGCCGGUAUGGGUGGAGGCACGGGUUCUGGGGCUGCCCCUGUCGUGGCUCGGAUAUCAAAAGAGGCUGGUUACUUGACCGUUGGUGUUGUUACCUAUCCCUUCAGUUUUGAAGGACGCAAAAGAUCCUUGCAGGCACUAGAAGCCAUCGAAAAUCUGCAGAAAAAUGUGGAUACACUUAUAGUGAUUCCAAAUGACCGUCUGCUUGACAUAGCUGAUGAGCAAAUGCCUCUGACGGAUUCUUUCCGUCUUGCUGAUGAUGUUCUACGACAAGGAGUACAGGGAAUAUCAGACAUCAUAACAAUACCUGGUCUUGUAAAUGUGGAUUUUGCUGAUGUAAAAGCUGUGAUGAAAGACUCUGGAACUGCAAUGCUUGGAGUAGGUGUUUCCUCCGGUAAAAACCGUGCAGAAGAAGCUGCAGAACAAGCUACUUUGGCACCUUUAAUAGGAUCAUCUAUUCAGUCAGCUACAGGGAUAGUGUAUAAUAUUACUGGAGGAAAAGACAUAACUCUUCAGGAAGUGAACAGAGUAUCUCAGGUUGUGACAAGUUUAGCCGAUCCUUCUGCCAAUAUUAUAUUUGGAGCUGUUGUUGAUGAUCGCUACAAUGGUGAGAUUCACGUGACUAUCAUUGCAACUGGCUUCUCACAGUCCUUCCAAAAGAUGCUACUAACAGAUCCAAGGGCUGCAAAGCUUCUUGACAGAAUACCUGGGGGCCAAGAAAGCAAUCAAACAUCUACUCCCCUUAAAGCCUCAAACUUUUCAUCAACAGUUGCAUCUAAAGCACCCCCACGAAAACUCUUCUUUUAGCUUCUCGGUUCUUUUGAACCUUUUCAUAGUAGUUUUGUAUCUGUAAAAAAUUUUAAGCUUGAUUUAGGCAUCAAUCUGGUUAUGGUCUUGUCCCUCGAUUGUUGAGAAUGAUUUUACAAACUCUUAAAAAAAAAUUAGUUAUUGGCUUGACUCUGUGAUUCACAAUGUCAGUGUAACGUUUGUAACAUUUUUGUUAAAGGAAUGAGGAUGUAUAUAAGUUACUA